AUGUGUGUCAUCUGCUUCGAAGAACUGAGCACACCCUUAGCUCUCAUACAGCAAGAUGUUAAACACCUCAUAUUCGACAUUUUAGACCCCAGAUUGUUGUGCACAGCGUUCUCGCUUCGCGAAUACUAUUUAUUCUUCAAGCGAACAGGGAGCAAUCGGUCAUCUCCACACACCUAUCGACGAAUGCACCGGAAAUGGAAUCGAUUCCAGAUGGGUUUCAAGCGUGGCAUGAAGGCAGGGAGACAUUUACUGGUGCUGGCCAACCAGAUCAAGCUUAGAUGUGCUAAUAAUUUUUUUCUCUUUGUCGUUGUAACGGAGAUGUCAAUUGCAGUGGUCCAUGGAAGAGAUAGUAGCGUAGUCACAUCGUUGACCAGUCAAACCAUAAUGUCAGAACCGGCUUUAGCUGGAGCUCUGGCAACACUUGAACUUUCGACAGCCCCUCAAACUCAACUUGAAGCUCAGUGA